AUGAACGCAAUGAAUGCUGAUCCUAUCAAACUUGAGCUUUAUAAAAAUAUGCUGACCUCGGUUGCCGAGGAGAUGGGCGUAACGCUACAAUGCACGGCGUUCUCACCGAACAUCAAGGAACGGCUUGAUUUUUCAUGUGCCGUGUUUGAUAGCACCGGUAAGAUGGUUGCACAAGCCGCUCAUAUUCCUGUGCAUCUCGGUUCCAUGCCACUUUCGGUUCUCGCUGCUAUUGCCCAUACAGAAAUGGUGCCCGGCGAUAUGAUUGCGCUUAAUGAUCCAUAUCGCGGUGGUACCCACCUACCCGAUAUUACACUCGUCGCGCCAGUAUUCUCAAAUGAAGGGACGGGCGGAGCAGAGAAGCGUCCUGUCUUCUUUGUUGCAAAUCGCGCACAUCACGCGGACGUGGGCGGGAUGUCCCCCGGUUCAAUGCCAAUUGCGACGAGUGUAAUUCAGGAAGGCAUCCGAAUUCCUCCCAUUAAACUCAUUCGAGGUGGAGAAUUGGACACCGACCUUUGGGAAUUCAUUCUCGCGAAUGUCCGCACGCCUGAGGAGCGCCGUGGUGAUAUGGAAGCGCAGAUCGCUGCGAACCGUGUCGGUGAACGGCGACUAUGGGAGAUGAUGGGCAAGUAUGGUGCGACAGAGAUUACGGCGUACAUGCAGGAACUCUGCGCGUAUGCGAGUCGGAUGGUCAGGGCACGCCUUCGGGAAAUUCCGGAUGGACGCUACAUAUAUACCGAUGUCCUUGACAAUGACGGCAUCACUGAUGCGCCUAUUGAGAUACGGGUUGCUAUUGAGAUCGAAGAUGAUACCGCAUUAGUUGACUUCACUGGCACGGCUAAGCAGGUCCAAGGUUCAGUUAACGCGAUUUACGCGAUUGCGCUCUCCGCUGUUUUUUAUGCCUUUCGAUGUAUCGCCGGUGCAGACGUUCCUGCCAAUGCUGGGUGUUUAGAACCGAUCCGAGUCAUCGCGCCAGAGGGAACCGUUGUGAAUGCAAAGUUUCCGGCAGCAGUCGCAGGGGGAAAUGUCGAAACAUCACAGCGUAUUGUUGAUGUUUUGCUCGGGGCAUUGGCGCAAGCUUGUCCUGAUCAGAUUCCCGCUGCGAGUUCCGGUACCAUGAAUAACCUCACAAUAGGGGGUUACGAUGUUUCGCGCGGGAAGGACUUUACUUAUUACGAAACUAUUGCAGGCGGGAUGGGAGCGCGCCCAAACCGAGACGGAAUUGAUGCCAUCCAUACGCAUAUGACCAAUACGAUGAACACGCCUAUAGAGGCAAUUGAGACGAACUAUCCAAUGCAGGUGGUAGAAUAUGCAAUCCGACGUGGAACAGGUGGCGCGGGGAAAUUCCGUGGUGGUGCAGGUGUCAUUCGGGCACUACGACUUCUUACAGACGCGGAAGUUACGAUCCUUUCAGAACGCCGGACGCGGGGUCCUUAUGGCUUGCAAGGCGGUGAACCGGGAAAACCCGGACGUAACGUGCUAAUUUCUGGUGGAGAAGAACGUCCAUUGCCUGGCAAGGUAUCCGUUUCUACGCGCGAGGGUGAUGUCAUUCGCAUAGAGACACCUGGUGGCGGCGGAUUUUCGUCUUAA